GACGCAGUGGGUUUUCCACUUUCUUGUGUUUCUGAAGGUUCAAACAAAAAAAGGAGAAGGUUUACUUGUGUGUUUUCUCUAAAAAAAACGAUGGCCUUGAUGUUCAUCGACACCGAGGGCGAGUCGAGCCUCAAAAAUGUUGAAAAACUAGUGGAAAGUGACGACGACGUGGAUUUCGAGGGCUCAGACCUCAACCCCUCGAGGAUAUCCCUGAAGAAGCCACGAGAACAGAAGAGCAAAACGUCAGCAGUGGACGACAUCGAUCUGGAGGAAUUCGAGGCGGAUAUGGGCUGGAGUCGAACGACAAAGAAAGUCCUCUUUAAGAAGCCCCUGGGUGACGAGGAGCUGUCACACGUGGUGGAUCCUCUGGAGAAGAUCCUGAAGAAGUCAGCGAUAACGCCAGGAUUUGAGAAACUCACUCGUGUCCCUAGGUAUGAGGUCACCAGGAGGCAGAGGAAAGCCAGAGCUGAGAGGGAGCGAGAGAGGAGCAAAGGGAAAAAGUGGUUCAAUCUUCCAGCAACAGAGAUGACUGAUGAAGUCAAGCAUGACCUUGAGAUCAUCCAGAUGAGGUCUGUUCUGGAUCCAAAACAGUUCUAUAAGAAGAACGACGUCAAAGCUCUCCCCAAGUUCUUCCAGAUUGGAAAAGUCCUGGACACUCCACUCGACUUUUACCACGGAAGACUCACCAAGAAACAGAGGAAACGCACGAUUGUUGAUGAACUCAUGGCUGAUGCUGAUUUUGCUAAAUAUAAUAAAAGAAAAUACAAGGAGAUUGUCGAUGAGAAGAGGCAGAUGCAUUAUAAGGCACAUCGACAUGCCAGAAAACUCAAGGGGAAGAGGAAAUAAUUUCCUGGAGGGUCUUGGGAGGAAAAGACUGGAAUUGAGAGGAAAUUAAAGGAUUUUAGAAAAUUA